UCAGUUCAUCAUCGUCACAGUUGAAAGAGAAAAUCUUGAGAGAGAAAGUAAAGCAAAAAUAAAAAAAUAAAAAAAACAAAAAAAUGGAGAUGAGUGAGAGAUCGUAAAAUAUUAGGGUUUUCGAUUUUCCCUUUUGAAGUUUUUUUUCAUUGAUUAAAAGACUUUCUCUCUUCGUCUCUGAUUUGUUGAAUUUUACCCCUUUUUUAUCAGUGAAUUCAACGUGCUUUUUUUUCUUUUUAAAAGCUUCGAUUUUUUUGUUGUUUUCUUCCGGUGAAAUUCUUUUCUCCGACCGCUUGUUUCGUCAGUAAUAGCGGCUGAAAAUCAGGUUGAUCCUUUUCCGAUCAUGGGUUAUCCCGAUUUUUACCAGAAGGUCAUUUUUUGAAUCAAAAUCGGAUUUUUUCCAAUUCUCAAAAUUUUUGAGCUUUUUAGCUGUUUAUGUAAUUUAAAAAAUGGGUUUCCUUUUUUGAAGUAGAAAAUUUUGCACUUUUUGAGCUAAGAAAAAAAGGGUCAUAAACGGUGGACUUUAAGGGGGGAAAAAGAACAGUGAUAUUAGAACAAAACUCGUUUGAUUGGAUAAAUUUCUCUCUUUUUUUCCCCUUUUUUCAAAAAAGGAAGAAUCUGAAGAGAAAGACAAUUUGUUUGAGCUUAAUUUACAAGCUUUUGACUUUAAUUAUGAUUGAAAAAAUUGUUGGAUUCAUUUAAUAUCUUUCCAAAAUUUUGUCCUAAUUUUUGAAACUCAAUUGACCAUUUCCUAAUUGAGUGUCUAACUGCAAAACAAUGGAGUUCUAAGUUGUUCAAACAUGGCAGUUUCCUUCCCUGGUUUUCCAUGGUGGUUUUGGGGUAAUAGUGGAAAUAAGGAGAAACAGCUUGUUUCAAAUGGAUCUUCCUUAAAUUCUUCUGAUUGGGGUUUAGGUUUACGAGAGCCUGAAACUGUUAAAUUCCCAACAAAAAUAGCCUCAACUAAAGGAAAACCAAAUUGGCAAGGUAAUGAAGAAAGGAGAGUGGUUGAUAAAGAAUAUGACCUUGUGAUGGUUCCAUCAGAUGGUGUGCAUUUAUCUGGAUAUGAAUCAGAUGGUCCAGAAUGGUCCAUUGGGUGGGAAGAACCACAUGGUCCUGGUUUUCAUGGUGAAGAUGAUGAUGAUGGGUUUGCUGUGUUGGUUCCAUGUUAUAGACCUGGUUGCAAAGAACUUGUUGAAAGCCCUAAUAACCAGCUCUUGAGUGCCAUCAAGAACCUCCCAACUGGGUUCUCUUCUGAGGGAAGCAACUCAGUGCAGCAAUGGUUAUCUUCCUUCCCGAACUACUGAACUGAUCAAGUCACACUAGUCUGUAGGCGAAGUUUCCUAUUGUAGUAUCGGCGAAUAAUGUGUAUAUAUAUAAAAGAAGUUGCCGGUUCCAGUAGAGAUGAGGAUCUGUAUCAGCUUCUGGUUCAUCAUCCUUCCUUCUUGCUUACGUGCGGUCUCGAAAUGAUCUCUGCGGAAUUGCAAAAACACGGUGGAGAACUUUUGUUGUUCUUUUUUCUGUAAAUAAUAUUAAUGUGAAUAUGCAAGGAAUGAAGAAUCCUUGCUUCCAGCACACUGCUACUGUGUAAAAUUUUGAUCUUUACUCCCCCCCCCCCAGCAAAGUAUAUCUAUCAUCAUAUCAAUUUUGUAAAUACUAUGUUCUAUGAGAUUGAGGACCAAAAUUCUUAGUUCUUA